CCCCAAUGGCCUUUCAGCAACUGAAAGACCACGUCUCUGAUCAUAUGAGAAACACUAAAGCCCACGUGCAACCCAUCAGAUAUUUUCCCACCCACCUAUCAGAACUCUCCACGUACAGAAUUUGUGGGCCCCACAUUUUAAUUCCAGACACUUUUUAACUAUAUUCCCCCUCCUUCACCAGAGAGGUUGUUUACACGCGCAACGAAACGCUCGUGAGCCAAAUCACUGUUUGUUCCUUAUUAGCUUCAGGGGCAGAAAGGGCCAAAACAAGAGGCAAAAGCGCACUUGUCACCGUUCACUUCCUUUGAUGGGUCAGCGCCGGUGACGGAAUUUAAAAAAAACGGCCUUUAAUUCUAGAAUAAUUCCCCCCCCCCCCCCCAAGCCUCCUUUCUUGCUGUGACCCAAAUUUUGGAUUCGAUUCUUUUUGGUGGGUUUUGAAUCCUGUGAGGUUUCUAUCUAGUUUUUGGGUAAGAAUCGACGUAUCCAUUUGCUUGUUUUUGCUUAAUUUCGCCUUUUAGAGCAUUUGGUGCAAUAACAAGGGUGCUUCUGGAACUUUUACUGGUUUGUCUGCAGCUGUAUGAACUGUGCCAAUUAAGCUAACAUUGUUUGACAAACAAUUGACACCUCAUUUUAAAUUUGAGGACAAGCAUGGAGGCACAACCUUCUUUAUCCAUUCAGAGAUCAGGUGCAAGGCAGCCCAGUAACCUGGGGGUGUCUGGAGGAAUGACAUCAUCUUUACCAGCCAUUUCAACACAUUUGGAAGAGACAUAUCUAAAGUUGCCUGACACUCAACCGGUGUCUGCAGAAAGGGAACUGAUGACAAGGCCUCUGGUCCAUGCAACUCGUGUACCCACCAAUAGUGAAGUGGUUGGUCACAUGUUUUCAUCAUCCUCUGGAUUUUCGAGUGAUCUUCAAUACUCAUCUGCAUCACCACAUGAAAAGCUUUUAAGAAAUACUCCUUUCAUUUCUCAGUCACCAACUAAUGCUGCAGCGUUGCCAUUACCACAAUCGUCAAAUUCAGCACUGCCUCAAUCUACAAUAUCAAGUCAUUACAACAAAGAAAAUAGUGGUUCUUGGUCUACAGAUCCAGGUUUUCUUGAUUUUCCUGUAAGCACCCCUGUCCAGAGCAGUCAAGUUGAAAGCAGUAGUUGUAGUGGUAUCAUGACAUCUGAGGACUUAAGCAAACGGAAUGAUUGGCAGGAAUGGGCAGACCAGCUUAUCUCUGAUGAUGAGGCUUUGGCCUCCAAUUGGAAUGAGCUUCUUGUUGACAACAAUGUUAUGGAUCUGGAACCAAAGAUGGCAUAUCAGGUGGCAAAACCAUGCACAACCAUAGCUGCUCAAAAACCUCAAGUGCAUCAGCAGCUUCCUUCUCCAUCCAUAGAAAGUCGCAGUGUUGUGAACCCCUCUUCAUCAACUAAUAAUGCCCCAGCAAAGCCACGGAUGCGAUGGACACCAGAACUUCAUGAAGCCUUUGUUGAGGCUGUCAACCAACUGGGUGGCAGUGAAAGAGCUACUCCAAAGGGUGUGUUAAAGCUUAUGAAAGUUGAAGGCUUGACUAUUUAUCAUGUUAAAAGCCACUUGCAGAAAUACAGAACAGCUAGAUACAGACCAGAGUCAUCAGAAGGAUCAUCGGAGAAAAAAUUGACACCUAUCGAGGACAUAUCAUCUCUGGACUUGAAAACGGGUAUGGGGAUCACGGAAGCUUUGCGGUUACAAAUGGAAGUCCAGAAGCGUUUGCAUGAACAGCUUGAGAUUCAAAGAAAUUUACAGUUGCGAAUAGAAGAACAGGGAAGGUACCUCCAAAUGAUGUUUGAGAAUCAAAAGUCAGGUUUAGACAAGCUGAAGGUGUCGUCUUCUAAUCUGGAGAAUCCGCCCACUUUGUCUUCAGAUGCUACCAAAGAAUCUCCUGCAAAAAAUGAACUGGAAGCCUCCCAGAUGGAUAAUGUAAAUUCAGGAACUGACCCUGUUAAUGCCAACUCAAUAUUGGAGGUAAGUUCACAAGAAAUGGGUGGAGAGAAAAAGGCACCUGAAACUGGUGAUCUAGAGAAAGCUGAAUCCUGUGUUUCUGAGUUGAGUUCACAACCCUCGAAGCGUCCAAGAUUUGAAGAAUAAGUUAUAACAGCUUUGAACUGACUAGCAUAAUUAUUUGAUGGAUAAUUUCACUAUUAGGAUAGACCAUGUUGCGAUAAGGAUAGAGCUUUUGAAGUUUUAAGGUCCUUUCUCCCCUCUUGUUAUGUCCUGGUGGACAAUUGCCUAAGCACUAUGAUUUUAGUUGAUAAAACAAAAGCUUAUAAGAAGGCUGAGUUUGACUUUCCAGUCUCCAAUGUCCUGAAGUGAAAAUGAGGUGCAUUAAAUACAGUUGCACAAAUUGCAUUAGUUAUCCCAGUGAAAAUGUCCCGUUUUGUGGGGAAUAUUGCUGUCCGAAAUUGUUAAAAAAUACCAAUAAAACUCUACUCCUAGAUUUUGUACAUGACUUUAAUUACAAUCCUUCUGUUAGCCACCAGAGUCACGUGCAAUAUGCUAUAUAUUAAAUGUACAUUUGUAUUUGUUAGUUUUUCCUUCAGGAAAAGGAAAUUUUGAACUCUUUUUCAGUGUAUCUGGGGAUGUAUAUCCGUCCUCUACUAUCCUGGGGUGUCAUUCAGAGUUCCAGGCAUAUAAGAAAAAGAAAGUUUGCACGAACUGAUGGAAGCUGCAUUGGCGGACGUACAAGGCUACAGGAACUGGGAAUACCUUACAAUCUUGCUAUGGUGAAAGAAACAAAUAAAUGGAGAAUGCAGAGCAAACGCAUGGCUUCCAAGGUGUUUUAAGCACUUCCUGCCAUUAAUAUUUCUGAUACAAACAGUGCGUAGGCUUGAGCAUAACACAAGCCAUAGCAAACCAGCGGCUUGAUUGAACCUGCCACCAUGGUUAAAUCUUUACCAGGAAAAGAUAUUCCUCAGUUUCAAUUUCGAGGAACAUGAUUGUUUACCUAAUACUAUUGGUUUGAUUAUGGACUCUAGAACUAGUUGUCCUGUCCCGUAAGAAAAUUGACAACAGGUUAGAGUAGGAUCAAGGUUAUGGUAAGAAAAGAACAGAAGGCAACGCGUAUUUAUGAUUUUCCAUUUAGCU